UCCCCUCGGAACCCCCAAUGUUUUGAUUCUGAUCUUCCUGCGCAUAGCAGUGAACUGUACAUAAUGUAGAGGGUACGAAAACUACAUGCGGCUUCAAUUUUUAACCAUAGCCGUUAAACUAAUAGAUGGAUUCUUGGAAAAUAGGCUUGUUGUUUAUUGGAUGACCGCGAUUGCCGAAAUCAGAUUUCUUACUGCCGCUGCGCUUCGGAGGCAAUCCCUGUGAUGACCUUACUAGACCGCCCCUCCGGUUGAAUGGGAUCCCAUCAGUCCUGGCAUUGAUUGUCUGCUGUGAGCAUAGACAUCGUUUGAGCAUCAUUGAGUAUCAUUCGUUUUUACUUCGAUGUCGAAGUCCUUGAUAAUUCGCUAACCUCGUGGUCGACAAAAAAAUCUACGCAAAAUCAUUGGAAGCCUGCGCGUCAGGGCCUAGGCCAUGGGGGGAUCCAAGAGCAAGCCCAAGGACAUAGGCCAGCGACCCCGCAGUGUUGAUGGCAACCUCAGCUCUGGCGGAGGGUGCGGAGGGCACCACCUCAGCUCCGCCCAGCAGUCCCUCACACCCAGUCGAAGCCCCACAGUGGACGGGCCUCUCCGCCCCAACCAAGCCAUGACAAAUCCCCCUGAGCUGGCACUGUUUGGGGGUGUGGACACCACCAACCCCAUCACCUCUCCUAAUAGGAGCACGCUGGCCGGCGGAGUGACGACGUUUGUGGCGCUGUACGACUACGAGUCCCGCACAGCCUCAGAUCUGUCUUUCAGGAAGGGCGAACGCCUCCAGAUCGUCAAUAACACGAUAAAGGUCAACUGCAGGGAAGGUGACUGGUGGCUGGCACGCUCCCUAACCACCGGAGAGAGCGGCUACAUCCCCAGCAACUACGUGGCUCCGUCAGACUCCAUCCAGGCUGAAGAUCAUCUCAGAUUGACUAUGGAGUCCAGGUGGUACUUUGGGAAGAUCACGCGCCGGGACUCGGAGAGGCUGCUGCUGAGCCUGGAGAACAGGAGAGGGACCUUCCUCAUCAGGGAGAGUGAGACCACCAAAGGUGCCUACUGUCUAUCAGUGUUGGAUUACGACAACACCAAAGGGUUGAACGUCAAACACUACAAGAUCAGAAAGCUCGACAGUGGCGGCUUCUACAUCACCUCACGCACGCAGUUCAGCAACCUUCAGCAGCUGGUCAACCACUACCGGAAGCAUGCUGACGGCCUCUGCCACUGCCUGACUGAGGUGUGUCCUGUCCUGAAGCCCCAGACCCAGGGCCUGGCCCGGGACGCCUGGGAGAUCCCCCGGGAGUCCCUCCGUCUGGACCUCAAACUGGGCCAGGGCUGCUUCGGAGAGGUCUGGAUGGGAACAUGGAACGGAACGACGCGUGUGGCGAUCAAGACCCUGAAGACUGGGACCAUGUCCCCCGAGGCCUUCCUGCAGGAGGCCCAGGUCAUGAAGAAGCUGCGGCACGAGAAGCUGGUGCAGCUGUACGCCGUGGUGUCAGAGGAGCCCAUCUACAUUGUCACUGAGUACAUGGGACAAGGCAGCUUACUGGACUUCCUAAAGGGAGACAUGGGGAAGAUGCUUCGCCUGCCCCAGCUGGUAGACAUGUCCUCACAGAUUGCCUCAGGGAUGGCCUACGUGGAGAGGAUGAACUACGUCCACAGAGACCUGCGGGCAGCUAACAUCCUGGUGGGAGACAAUCUGGUCUGUAAGGUGGCCGACUUCGGUCUGGCUCGCCUCAUAGAAGACAAUGAAUACACAGCAAGGCAGGGGGCCAAGUUUCCUAUCAAGUGGACAGCACCUGAGGCUGCCCUGUAUGGACGCUUCACCAUCAAGUCUGACGUCUGGUCCUUCGGUGUGCUGCUCACUGAACUGGCCACCAAAGGCAGAGUGCCAUACCCAGGCAUGGUGAACCGGGAGGUGCUGGACCAGGUGGAGCGAGGCUACAGGAUGCCCUGCCCGGCCGAUUGCCCAGACUCCCUCCACGACCUCAUGCUGACCUGCUGGAGGAAAGACGCGGAGGAGAGGCCCACUUUCGAGUACCUCCAGGGCUUCCUGGAAGAUUACUUCACCUCCACAGAGCCCCAGUACCAGCCCGGGGAGAACCUGUAGGCCUGGGCCUGGGUGUGUGGAGGGGGAAGGGAGAGAGUUACUUGGGUACAACCAACCACACUGACCUCAGUGGCACCUGAACCUGCCAGUGGGAUGACCAACCAACGUAUCAACAACCACAUACCUGAUCCUAGCUCUUGCUGUCCUUUCAAUUGAUUUCAUUGUCAUGCAAUUGUUUUCUUCUAAUCUAAACGGACAGCACUAAUCCACUUGAUUAUUUUGGAUUGAUAUACAAUACAUUGUGUUGUGUUGGGUCGUUUUUGGACAGACGACAGCUCUUAAAACCCUGGGGCACUUACCCUAGAGACCGAAGAAGCUUUCCUGGGGCUUGACAUUGUAAGAGGACAGACAGUCACUCAUCAGGAGUGUCUCUUAAGGGGACACAUGGUCUUUGUAGAGGGAAAAGGAACAGACUCCUCAAAUCUCCCUCUUAAAAUGUAUCUUCUUCUAUGGGCAAAACGUCUUCCAAUUGAUACCUGUGCAGUCUUGAGAAGCCUGUAAGGGACUUAGUGAUGGCAUCUUUACUAAUGUUUUGGUUUAAGAAUAAUUUAUCAAACCUGGAUUAACUGGAAUAUUUUGGCAUUGGGGCAUUCAG